CAGUUUCAUUCUACUAAUAAAAAAAAUUGAUUGAAAAUGAGCAAACCAGAAGGAUCAAAACCGGAAUCUCCAAAGCUGAACAAGAGAAUCUUGUCGUCCUUGUCCAAGAGAUCAGUCAUUGCACAUCUUUGGCAUGACAUUGAAGUUGGACCUGAAGCGCCUCACAUUCUCAAUUGCGUUGUGGAGAUAACAAAAGGAAGUAAAGUCAAAUAUGAACUUGACAAGAAAACUGGCCUCAUAAAGGUUGAUCGUGUUCUAUACUCGUCGGUGGUAUAUCCCCACAACUACGGUUUCAUCCCACGCACACUAUGUGAAGACAAUGACCCCAUUGAUGUCUUGGUCCUUAUGCAGGAGCCCGUCCUUCCGGGAAGUAUGCUGAGGUGCAGGCCUAUCGGGCUAAUGCCCAUGGUCGACCAGGGGGAGAAAGAUGAUAAGCUGAUAGCAGUAUGUGCUGAUGAUCCAGAAUACAAACACUACACUGACAUCAAGCAGCUCGCCCCUCACCGACUCAUGGAAAUUCGACGAUUUUUCGAAGAUUAUAAAAAGAAUGAAAACAAAGAGGUGGCAGUGAACGACUUCUUGCCUCCGGCGGCUGCGCUGGAAACUAUUCAACAAUCCAUUGAUCUAUAUGCUGAAUAUAUUUUGUUGACUCUAAAGAAAUGAGGCAUCAGAAAUCAGCAGUUUUUGGGAGGAGAUGAAGUUGAUUACUACUGAAUAAGAGAGAGUGAUAGUUAGUAUUAUAAUACCUUAAAUAAAAAAUCGUCCUAUUAUUUUUCAUUGAUGAGUUUUGCCAGGCAGUACAUAGUUUGUAAUUUGGACGGUUGUAUUUACACAAUUGCAAAGAUCAAUAUAUAUAAUUUGUACUUUAUUAA